CAAAGUCCGAACCACUGCGCCCUCAUCGAGAAGACUCGACAACGGAGAAUAGAAUCAACCUGUCCUCAACCCGCGCAACCUCUCGUCGAGUUUCAUGCCCCCUCGCCCCCCGAGCCAAGGGAUGCCGUCUCGAGAGUCCUGAAACUCGUCUCACCAGCAUGCCCGUGCCCGAGCUCAAUCUCGUCAAGCGGGGAUGCAGGAACAUGGCCAAUGCCGGGGCCACACGCAGUUGAAACACGCGCACCUCGUUGGCCUUGCCCCCAGCCGACACAUGGUUUCCUGCUCCUCGGCUGCUCGCGUCUUCAUGUCUCGUGUGUCCCUCUACAAACGGGUGCGUGAGCAAGACGAGCACUGCCGAGCGCUGGUUGAUCUUGUUGCUCUUGUUGCUACUCCGGCCUGGUACCAACACCCACCCUUUACCACCACCAACCGUCCGCCUGGUCCCAUGUACCACACGCUAUUCAAUAGCCUGCCUGUUGUACGCGAAGUCCGGAGAAUAACCACUGCCUGCCUGCUGCCGACAUGCGCUUCCCUUCCUCCUAUUGUCCUAUAGCUAUACUGUCUGCAGUCAUCUCGUGUCAGCUUGCUCGUGCUAAACAAGAUGCCUCCACCUGCCAAACGCUAUCCUGCUGUCCUGUACCAUUAGACACGUCGCCUCUCCCCUGUCGAGAACCAUCACAGGGCUGCAGCCUCUAGUGCUCUUCUACUCUAACACCUUCCCGCCUUGUCAUGCUGCCCGUAAUUCAUGCUCCCCUCCACUUUACCCUCCGCUCGUUAAUCCAGUUGUCACCAUGUGCUGUCUGGUUUGACGACAACUUGUGAUAAUCAAUUCGAGGACGACGUCGACCUCAUCUUCCCGAGUUUUCUCUUCGCGUUUCAUUUACUCACCACGUACUAUAGCAAUAUGUGCGUAUAACAACCGUAGCACGCCACUCUCCAUGAAACAAACGUCCAAUCGCACGUUUCAGCACCAUCAGUCGCCCUAUCCAUUGCGACGGUGCCAAUUUCUUCUACCACUUUCACCAGCCUCACAGCCUUGUAACUCCUCUGAUCCGACAAUCUCAAUAAGCCCUGCCUGCCCAUCGCCCAUGAUCCAUGUUUUCACCGUAGCUAUCAGUCUAUCCCUACGCCAUCUCCAGCCCUUUCCGUCCCUUCUCCCUUACAAACGAGAUGGCCUCAUUGAUCCGAAACUCGUUUCGCAGCCAUCUUCACAUCAUCUAAUGAACAGCCCCUCUUUCCAGAACCAAGCAUCGGUAAACGGCCCGUCGCUACUGCCUUCCUCGCUCCCUUUUGGACCAUCAUGCUGCCGCCGCCGCCAUCAUAUCGCGAACCGUUAUGCUAAUCCACUCGUGCGA